UAUAUCAAUCCGAGGCUUUUUAAAUAAUAAAAACAUAGAUAUUAAUGUACUGUAGUGUGUGUUUUGCAGAUAAUAGUUAUUGAAGAAAAAAUUACAGGAUAAAAAAUGAUAAACAUAGCAGGAAUCAUAUCAAUUAUCAUUUUCUACGUUUUGAUUUUGGGCGUCGGUAUUUGGGCAGGAAGGAAAAAAGAGGAGGGGAAUGACUCGGAAGAGGAAGUCAUGCUGGCAGGGAGGAACAUCGGGUUGUUCGUAGGAAUUUUCACAAUGACAGCGACAUGGGUUGGGGGCGGUUACAUCAACGGCACCGCCGAAGCAAUCUACACGUCAGGUCUAGUCUGGUGCCAAGCCCCAUUCGGCUACUCCCUGAGUUUGGUCCUCGGUGGGAUUUUCUUCGCCAACAAAAUGCGCCAACAGGGCUACGUAACUAUGCUGGAUCCCCUGCAGGACUCCUUCGGCGAGAGGAUGGGAGGUCUACUCUUCCUCCCGGCCCUCUGCGGGGAAGUCUUCUGGGCGGCCGGCAUCUUGGCCGCCCUGGGGGCCACUCUGAGCGUCAUCAUAGACAUGGACCACAAUAGCAGCGUCAUCUUCAGCGCCUGCGUGGCGGUGUUCUACACCCUGUUCGGGGGGCUGUACGCGGUGGCCUACACCGACGUCAUUCAGCUGUUCUGCAUCUUCAUCGGCCUCUGGAUGUGCAUACCCUUCGCUUGGACUAAUGAACACGUGGCGUCGCUUUCGUCGAUGGACGUGGAUUGGAUAGGGGAGGUGAAGAAGGAGGAGAUCUGGUAUUACAUAGACUACGGGCUUCUGCUGGUGUUUGGGGGUAUCCCUUGGCAGGUGUACUUUCAGAGGGUGUUGUCUAGUAAGUCCGCUGGGAGGGCGCAGGUCCUGUCGUACGUGGCUGCGUUUGGAUGUGUUGCUAUGGCCAUACCACCGGUUCUUAUAGGGGCUAUUGCCAAAGGAACAGCAUGGAACGAAACAGGCUACAAAGGCCCUUACCCCCUAACAGUGGAGGAGACCAGCAUGAUCCUGCCCAUGGUUCUGCAGUACCUCACGCCGAGCUUCGUCUCCUUCUUCGGACUAGGAGCCGUGUCCGCAGCUGUCAUGUCAUCUGCCGAUUCGAGCGUCCUCUCGGCUAGCUCCAUGUUCGCAAGGAACGUCUACAAGUUGAUAUUCCGACAAAAGGCGUCCGAAAUGGAGAUCAUCUGGGUCAUGAGGGUCUCCAUUUUGAUCGUCGGCUUUCUGGCUACCGUGAUGGCACUAACUAUACCCUCUAUAUACGGCUUGUGGUCCAUGUGUUCCGAUUUAGUCUACGUAAUACUCUUCCCCCAACUACUCAUGGUGGUUCACUUCAAGGAAUACUGCAAUACCUACGGUAGCCUAGCAGCCUACAUCAUAGCUUUCCUCGUGAGGGUCUCCGGAGGGGAACAGUUGAUGAACCUAGACCCCAUCAUAAAGUACCCGGGCUGGGACGAAGAGAACCAAAGACAACUGUUCCCUUUCAGGACUCUAGCAAUGUGCAUGUCUCUAGUAACCCUCGUGGCGGUGUCCUGGUGGACCAAAUGGGUGUUCGAAUCCGGUAGACUCGCGCCUGGGUACGAUUUUUUCCAUUGCGUGGUGAACAUUCCAGAGGAUAUCCAAAGAGUCGGGGAUCCUCUGGAGGAAGGCGAACAGAUGUCCGUGAUGGCAUCUGGAGCGAUGGGAAAGCUUUACGGAGCCGCCACUUUGGUGGGGAAAGACGAAAGGAACGGUAGGAUCAAUCCGGCCUUGGAGGCGGACGAUGAUAUUCCCGCUUCGGAGGUGGAUAAGUUGAGGGAGUCCAUAGGCAGCGGAGGGGGUAUUAGGUCGGUCACCAACCCAUCGGAUAACUCUCAGACAACGCUAUGAGGCUAGUAAGGUGUUUUUGGUCUCGCAAUAAGUCAAUAUAGUUUUUUGCGUUAGGUGCUACUUAGGAUAAUAACUGCUGGAUCAGUUAUUCUUUUAGAUUGGUUGUGGGUCGAGGUAGUUGACAAAUUGGUGGGUUAUUUUUUUAGGUUACUAGCAAAAUAUUUUGUUAAAAAUUUAUUUUUCCUGCCGAAUCUUUGUCGUUAGUACACAAAUAUUUUUGCAUCGAACUCUACCCAGGAUGAUAGUUGUAUCAAAGAGUAUUACUGAAAUAUUAUUAACUGUACAGAAAAAUAUACUUCUCAAUUUUUUUUUUAGAUUGCUUUAGAAGUGAAAUUAUUAAUAUUUUUGUAGCGAUAAUGUUUAGGAAAUAGUCUAUAGCUACGAAUUGUUCUAGUAAUGCUCUGAAGUUUCCUAAUGGAGGUUAAAUUGUUGUUACUAUUUACUAUACAGGGUGUAGCGUUGGAUGGGGUCAUAUUUAUAAGGAAGCUGCCUUUUCGAAAAAAACGUAUAAGUUUGUUUUGAAAACCCGAUAAACCGAAAAGAUGCUAAAAUAAAGCGUUGGCAUUUUCUGAUAAGCGCACACAUGCGAGUUCGGGAGCUGCCCGGUAACGGCGUAGACAAGAGUUUAAAUGCGGUAUAAGGCUGACCCCCACCUAAGUAUCACCCCGUAUAUCUCGGAUAAGGAGGAGUGAAAAAUAGGAUAUUAGAUAACUUGUUGAUAAGUGAAUCCGCGAUACCCUUAUUGCUCUCGCUGUUGUUUUGUUGUCGAUAAGAGAAAAUUCUUUAUGUGGAAAAUAUGGAUAGAGAUGUUGAUUUUUCGCAUUCUGUGUUUUAAAUUUAAAUCAUAUAUCGAUGUGUAAUAAUUGUGGUGAAACAAUAACUAGAGUACACGUAUAUAUUUACUUGUAAUCCUACCCGUAUACUUCUCGCAGAGGUAAAAGACUAAAUAAAUACUCAUACAUAUCAGACAGAACAUAUCAUUUUAUAUAAUAUAGAGAGAGAAUUAUUGGAGAACGAAUACAAAUGAGCUUAGGAAUAACAUUUAAUUUCACUUCUGCAGGGGAAUUAUACUAAUUGAUCGGAUUCUCAGGAGUACCUGCUCUUGUACCAGGAGAACGACCACUUAGGAUAAUUUUUCUUUGGAGAAGAAUUCAUCAGUAUUCCACAAUUCACUUGUACAUAGUUAAUAAACAGAUAAGUUUUGUUUCUGGGCGCAUGUAAAACACUUUGUUUGUUUCCGAGCACAACAAAUUUCUUCGAGGACCGUAGUGAAAAAAAAAGAUAUCUCUCUGUUACGAAUUAUUUGACAUUUAAAUGAUUAUUUACCAAAGUAGAAAUCAAAUUCCAGCUUACUCGGCCUUAAGAAUUAUUUCUGACAGAUCCCGGCUGGAAUUUGGUUCUUAAAAAUUUCCCUAGGUGUGGUUACCCUACUUUUUAGAAACUGUAUAGGAUGUAUUCUAGGAAACUGUUAAUUAUGACCACUAUUGUUAAUGUUUAUCUAUAGUCUAUAGUUUCGAUAAAUACGAGAAGAUAUAUUUGGUAUGUUGUGUACACAAAAACUGAACGAUAGACAGGUUCAUCUUCGUCUAGUCCUUGCUAAAUACUCAG